CAACACAAAAUCUAUAAUCAGUCAGGUGAUGAGCCCCUUGUGACAGUUCCUCAUCUCAUUCUUCGCAAAAUAAUUCACAAAAAUAUCAGUAUAAAUCCUAAAAAAUGGCCCUCCAAUCCGCUAUAAAGGGAAAACUGAUCAGCGUCAUCGGAGAUGAGGACACCUGCGUUGGAUUCUUAUUGGGUGGUAUCGGUGAAAUCAACAAGAACAGACAUCCAAAUUUCAUGGUUGUCGACAAAAACACCCCCGUCAGCGAGAUAGAAGACUGCUUCAAGCGGUUCAUCAAGCGGGACGACAUCGACAUCAUCCUCAUCAACCAGAACGUCGCUGAGCUCAUCAGACACGUCAUCGACGGGCACACCGCCCCUGUACCAGCUGUGCUCGAGAUUCCAUCCAAGGACCAUCCUUAUGAUGCCAGCAAAGACUCGAUCCUGCGCCGCGCUAAGGGCAUGUUCAACCCCGAAGACCUGGUACGUUGAGUGUAACUUGUUGCAUGUUGUGUGCUGCCCGCGGCACCUGUACAUACGCUAACGCCGACCCAAAGUUGACUCGUCAACUAACUAACAGUGCAAUCCGACAUUAAUACCGUUUUACAUUCCAUCGUUUUGAAAAAGUGUCAUUAUAUUUUUUUUUUGCAAUUACACUGCGUCAAAUUCUGGGUUUUUCGCCGCUUCAAAUAAUGUCGCCUGGCAACUCCAUACUUUUAUUCGGCCACUACAUUCAUUGAACGGUUCAGUGUAAAUGCACCCAAAAAGACAGAAGUCUCUACACGCAAAACAUGUUCCUAAAAUUUGUUAUAGAAAGUGUCUUUGAAAUGCGGAACAUUUUGUAAGGAGAUUGCUAGUCCUUAUUAUAAGGCAUUUUUUGUUAUUAAUAAUAAUGUUUCAAUGACACUCUUUCAUUACAAGCCGAAAUAUGCAAUUGAAUUUAUUUUUCUCAAACUGUUGUACCGUUCAAUUAUAUGGAUCUAUUUAAAAUAAUGAAUAAAUUAUGUAAUAAUUAUGAAAUACAUUUAACCUUGUAUAGUUGUUGAACUUGUAUUAUAGAAUAUAUCAUGAAAUAAAUA